AUGUUGGAACGCUGUGAAAUGCUUCGCAAGCGCUUUAGGAAACAAUUCUCCUGGCUUCAGUGGCCAAUUGCGGCCGUUGAUGUGGAAGAGGGGGAGGUGGAACGCCACCCUAUUUGCACCAAAAGCCUUGAGCUCAAUGUUGACAGUGUCCGUGAGAUGGUUCAUUUCUACCAUGGGGCUUUCGUGGAUAUCCACCAGCUAUCUGCACAGGACAAGAAGGUGCGAGAACUCUUUUCCAUCAUCGAAAAGCUUCGCUCAGAAUGGGCCUUUGCUGACUCUCCCACAGAGCCAGCCCCUUUGAACCUCGAAGGUGAAGUCAACCAUGAUUCCGACUGCUAUGAGAAUGAAAACCAUGUUGAUCCACCCACGGGGUCAAAGCUUGAGAGAAAGGGUGCCAAUGCUUCCUUGGCUAGAGCUGAAUCGACCACGUCUGUGGAUACCCUGAGCCCGCCCAAUGCUUUGCUCAAAGGCAUGGGCAUCGAUGUGGUGAUGACGACGGAUCAGGAGAAGGAGCUGCAUGACAUCAUCAAGCAGAUCAAUGAGCUGACGCACGGAUCCCAGCCAAACCGGAUUUUUCAAAAAUAUCUGGAAGGAUAG